AUGACAGCCGAGGAAGAAAAAGGAAAGUUGAAGCAAAGAUUUGUACGUCAAAGAAAUACGGUUGUCGUGAAACCUGUUUUUCAAAAUUUGCGUUGGAGAAUAUUGACGAAGGCCGUGACAAAGAGUUGGGUGUGUCACGAACUUACGAUCGUGUAUCCAACGUCAACAUUGUGUAAACUCGCACUAAACGGUCUUGGUCAUACACAAGAAAUUUUUUCUCUCGUCUCUGUUAGCCCGUGGCGUUCCUCGCGAUUUGAUCACGGCGUGAAGAUCAUGAGGGCUUUGCGAUUUGGUGGAGCCUCGCCUCGCCCAAAAUCCUCGGUAAAACCUCCCGUUCGCCCAUUUGAAAUGCAUUCAAGAAUGACCGAGCUCUUCAUAAACCAAGCGUUGAGGUAUACCCUUGACCCGAGACCAAUUUGCCUGUACAAUCUGUGCAGAAGAUUGUCUUGUUCAAAUGAUGGCCCCUCAAAUAUAGAUGUUCACGAAAAAGUUAAUGAAUCCUUCAAGGAAGGAAAUCAGGCAGUUUCUGAGAAUAACGAAGGGCAUGGCCAAGUUUUGCGAAAACACGAAUUUGUCAAAAAGGAGGUCGAGAAUGUGUGUCGAAUCUUAGAGAGUAGCCCUUGGGGACCCUCAUUAGAGAAAGCUCUAUCCUCUUGCGUUCACACACCGCAACUCGAUAUCACCAUUGGUGUUCUGAGGAGAAUGAAGGACCCCGAUUCUGCUCUUAGUUACUUCAGAUGGGUGGAGCGCGAAACAAAUCAAGUUAAUCCCCCACAAACCUACAAUGCCCUCCUCUUGCUAAUGGCGAGGUGUAAAAAAAUCGACAAAAUCGAAAACAUUUUGGAGGAAAUGAGCCUGGCCGGAUUCAGCCCGUCUUUCGAGACGAGCACAGAGUUAAUUUCCAUCUGUGUAAAAGCCCGGAAAUUGAUGGAUGCUUACAAUAUUUUACAAUCCAUGAGGAAAUUCAAAAUCCGACCUGCUUUUUCAGCCUACACGACCCUAAUAGGUGCAUUUUCUUCAUUCCAUAAGCCCGAGUACCCAGACCUCAUGCUUUCCUUAUUCCAUCAAAUGCAGGAAUUAGGCUACGAAGUUAACGUUCAUUUAUUCACAACUUUAAUCCGCGUUUUCGCACGGGAUGCCCGUGUGGACCCCGCCUUGUCCUUGCUGGCCGAGAUGAAGAGUAACUUGUUGGAGGCCGAUAUCGUCCUUUACAACGUGUGCAUCGACUGCUUCGGUAAAGUCGGCAAAGUCGACAUGGCAUGGAAAUUCUUUCACGAGAUAAAGUCUCACGGGCUAAGGCCCGAUGACGUGUCGUACACUAGCAUGAUUAGCGUCUUGUGCAGAGCCAAUAGAAUGGACGAGGCUGCCGAGUUAUUCGAACAAAUGGAGGUGAAUCGGGAAAUUCCUUGCGCGUACGCUUAUAGUACCAUGAUAAUGGGCUAUGGAUCUUCCGGAAGGUUCCGUGAGGCGUACGGUAUGCUCGAGAGGCAGAGGAUGAGAGGGUCAAUACCCAACGUGAUUGCUUACAACAGUCUCCUCACCUGUCUCGGCAAAAAGGGAAAAAUAGAGGAGGCGUUGAGUAUUUUCGACGAGAUGAAAAAGGACGCUAUGCCUAAUCUCACGACAUGUAACAUACUCGUGGACAUGCUUUGCCGCACGGGAAAAGCGAACAAGCUCGACGAGGCCCGAACGAUUUUCAACGGGCUCGACAGAAAAACUUGCGGCCCGAAUAAAUUCACAUAUUGUUCGUUGAUAGACGGUUUAGGCCGACAUGGAAGGGUAGACGAGGCGUAUAAGCUGUAUGAAGAUAUGCUCGACUCACUCGAAGGGGCACCGGACUCUAUUGUCUAUACUUCCCUCAUAAGGAGCUUUUUCAAGGUAGGCCGGAAAGAAGAUGGCCAUAAAAUCUACAAAGAGAUGGCGCGAAAAGGCAUAAGCCCGGACCUCACUCUCCUCAACACUUACAUGGAUUGCGUUUUCAAAUCCGGCGAGAUUGAAAAGGGCCGGGCCUUGUUUGAUGAGAUAAAGUCCCGGUUCAGGCCCGAUGCCCGAAGCUACUCGAUUUUGAUCCACGGACUAAUAAAAGCGGGCCUCGCGCGCGAGACUUACGAGCUUUUCUACGCGAUGAAGGAAAGCGGGUGCGUGCUCGACACAAUGGCUUACAACACCGUAAUCGAUGGGUUUUGCAAAUCGGGAAAAGUGAACAAAGCUUAUCAGCUUUUGGAGGAAAUGAAGGCAAAAGGGCACCAGCCGACUGUGGUGACGUAUGGUUCGGUUAUCGACGGGCUUGCCAAGAUCGACAGGCUGGAUGAGGCUUACAUGCUGUUUGAAGAAGCGAAAUCGAUUGGCGUGAGAUUAAACGUCGUUGUGUAUAGCAGUUUAGUGGAUGGAUUCGGAAAAGUGGGCAGAAUAGACGAGGCUUAUCUGAUUAUAGAGGAAAUGAUGCAGAAUAAUAUAAAUCCCAACAUCCAGACAUGGAAUUGUUUGCUCGAUGCACUUGUGAAGGCGGAAGAAGUGGAUGAAGCCCUCGUGUGCUGGAACUCGAUGAAGGACUUGAAAUGCACGCCUAAUAUCGUGACGUAUGGGAUUCUAAUAAACGGGCUUUGCCGGGUUCGGAAAUUCAACAAGGCAUUUGUGUUCUGGCAGGAAAUGCAGAAGCAAGGGCUGAAGCCUAAUGCAAUCACUUAUUUAACGAUGAUUUCAGGGCUUGCGAAGGCUGGGAAUAUAUUUGAGGCUGAUAAGUUGUUUGAGAGAUUUAAAGCAAAUGGGGGUGUGCCUGAUUCGGCAUGUUAUAAUACCAUGAUCGAAGGUUUGAGCUUGGCAAACAAGGCAAGUGAAGCUUAUAGGCUAUUUGAGGAGACUAGGAGGAAGGGCUGUAGUAUAUAUACGAAAACUUGUGUUGUUCUUUUGGAUGCCUUGCAUAAAGCCGAUUGUCUUGAGCAGGCGGGAGUUGUGGGGGCCCUUAAAUAUGGAAAUUGCCUUCUCAUUGAGUUCAACAUGAAGGGAUUUGUGGAGCUAAAAGCUAAAAUGGAAAGGGUUAUGAUUUUCAGAGUACAUAUGCUGAUCGGCUUGGAUUUAACGGCGAAUGCAGCCUCAGAGGUGUGA